UCUCCGUCCCUUCCUCUUUCUUUCUCACCCCUCUACUUUUCUAGAGAAAAUCUUCAUCCCUCUCCGGCCGCCAAACGCGACCCUCCAUGGAGUCAAAGUCGUCGUCCACGCACCGCCACCGCUGACGUGCUCGUAUCCUCCCCACAUGCUCCACUUUCUGUACAGCAAGUCCUUUUGCCGGCUCACCCACCGCCGGUCACCAGCCAGUCAGCCACCAUGCAGUACUCGUCGCCCUUCCUCUUGCUCCUCCUCCUCGCCGCCUCGCCUCUCCUCGCCGCCGCAGAAACGAUCUACUGCUUCGGUGGAGUACACGAGACCAACAGCACCUACGGGGCCAACCUCCGCCGCCUGGCCGCCGUCCUGCCGGCCGAGACCGCCGCCUCCCAGGGCCUCCGGGCGUCCGGUGACGUGGGGUACUGGCCUAACCGGGUGCGAGCCUCCGCGCGCUGCGAGCCUCCUAGCGUCAGCUCCUCGUCCUGCGCCGCCUGCGUCGCCGGCGCCUUCCGGGAGGCGGAGAGCGCGUGCCCGUACGGCAGGAAGGUGCUCGUCGUGGCCGGCAACUGCACUCUCCGACUCGGUGGCAAUUUUUCUAGAUCUCUCGGCUUGGGCGAGGGUGGGUUCUCUGGCAUCUCUUCUCAAGAAGAUGGAAGCACUAUCUAUUUAUAUGCCACAGGCGACAACAGUUGGUUUCGCCUCUUGGGUCCGACGACACUGAUAUUUCAAGCAAUUGGAUUUGCAUGGCUUUUCUUCAUGCUUCUGCAAGAAUGGCGUGAUAAAAGAAGAGCCUCCAUGAUGCAUUGUAGCUCUCUUCCAUCUGGAGAUCAGUAGCUGAUAGACUUGGUCAGACUAUUGGACAUCAGCCUAUUCCCAACAAGAGGAAACACUAAAAUCGGGCUCUACAACAACGCUCACAUGAUUACCUGAAUCAUGAUUUGAUUUUUGUUUUGGCGAAGAAUGGUUUAAUAUUGUCCUCCAUUUGAAUGUUCGCAUUGGUUACAAAUAAAGGGCCAGUUCGUUCGUUCUGUUGUUUUCAAAUUCUUGGACCCACUC